AUGCAAAUGUACUGCGAAUCAGCUAUUGAUGAUAAAUUUGAACCCAGCAUGCUGACGUGGAAAGCAGAACGGAUUCAAGCAUUCGAUAAAUGGCCAAACUCACAUGAACAGGCCCAGUAUAGCACAGGUUUCAAUCAGGUUCAGAAACCAAGCGACAAUACUAAUGACCUUGUUCUGCCUGCCGAUGUACAGAAACUAACCGAACAAAGUAUACCCAUUUAUGAAACCCUGCGUGAAUUUAGGAUGCGUGUUUGA